AUGGCAGCUGGCAUCAAAAUCAAACCAGAAACCGCCGAAUCCCCAGCAUUAACCCCGGAAAAGUGUGAAGUAUAUAAGAAAUCGAAAACGCAGCGACAAGUCUCCCGUAGGCCGGCUAGCAGGACCCAUAUUCAUAGGAAAUUUAGACGACUUCACUUCGACCUAAUCUCUCACCUCUAUUGCGAAGGGAUUCGUCUACACCUUGCACAAACCCACGAAAAGAAGAGCGGCUGUAUCAAUACACUCAUCGCUUUUAUCGCUAUCUGCCGCAGUCAAUUCAACAUAGAUAUCCUCGUACUCAAAAGCGAUAGAGAGCCUACCUUACACAGCGUGUUCCAUAAGUAUUACCCGGAAGCAGGGAUUUCGGUGGAAUUCAGCGUGGUCGGCACCCCAGAGCAGAACGGCUUCAUCGAACGAAUCAGGCUUACCGAAGAAGCUUUAGCCGGAGGCUAUCACUACUACAGUGACUUCCAAUAUAAGGAUUCCGAGCACGAACGUCCGCAAUACGACCUCGACAACAUCGCAUUAGAGACCACACCGAACCUGUUGCCAACAGCAACUCAGAACGAGACCUCAGUAUCGGAUCAAGAAGCGUUAGUGAGAACAAUAGAUCACGCACCGAUCAAUACGCAACAUAAGCACAUCGAAUCAACACCUCCGCUAAUAAUAACCCCAUCCCCGACGCCAACGCCCGCAGCACCAAGGAACGAAGCCCUGCCGGGUGCAUUUCCAACUAAUCGCACCGAAGCUAAGGGGGUAAGGGCCCUGGAUACCGAGGUCAAUCCUAAUCAACAGCUCCUAGGCAAGUUAUCCAACACUAUCCACCAACCUACAGCCCCACCACCAGGAUAUCGGCUUAGAGGAGAGCUCGCACCGAGGGAUAUCGAAGGAUCUUUCACUACUAAUAAUAUCAUCGAAGGAAGCCGUACUAGAAGCAGUAAGAGGGCUCAUUUCACACAGACCAAGGCUAAUAAGGCCGCUAAAGAGGAACCGGAGGAGUAUCAUAAGGGCUUUUUGAUGGCUUUCAAUGCGGUGUUCACGAAUAAAAGACCCCACCGGGAGGAUUUACCGCCUGCCCCAAGGAAUUAG